CCGCGCAAGCAGCCGCUGACAUCACGCCGAACCUGGCCGUGGCGGCGGCGGCAGCGGCGCCCCCUUCCUUCCCGCAGCCCCUUGGGCUCGGCCGAGGCCCCUCCGCGGUGCCGGGCGGAGGAUGGUGCGAGGCGCCCUGAGGGCCCCCAGCCUCCAGCGCCGCAGCUCCCCGGUACAGCCCGCGACGGGCAGCCACUCCUGCAGCACCGGGCUCCGUCUGAGGGGCCGAGGCUGAGGUUGGGCGGGCAGCGCGGGCGCCGGGGGUAAAGGGGGACCGGGGCCCGGACCCGAGUGGAGGCGCCCGCGGCCAUGGGGGCCCUGACCAGCAGGCAGCACGCGGGCGUGGAGGAGGUGGACAUCCCGUCCAAUUCCGUGUACCGCUACCCGCCCAAGUCCGGACAACUUAGGAGGUCAGAAGGAGAGAUCAGACACUGGAAUGGGGCUCUUGGAGGUAGCAGCUAUGGCAGCAGCAGCAAUGGGAGCAUUCACCACCAAGAAAUGGAAGCUAUUUUGCUAGCCACUUCAUCAUGGGAGGGGAAAAGUUUGACUCAACUCACCCUGAAGGAUAUUUGUUUGGAGAGAACAGCGAUUUGAACUUCCUGGGGAACAGACCAGUAGCGUUUCCUUAUGCAGCCCCACCUCCCCAAGAGCCUGUGAAGACCCUGAGAAGUCUGAUCAACAUCCGCAAAGAUACUCUAAGGCUAGUAAAGUGCACUGAAGAAGUGAAAACCCCUGGAGAAGAGGUCAGCAAAGCCAAAGUCCACUACAAUGUAGAGUUCACGUUUGACACUGAUGCCCGAGUGGCGAUCACCAUCUAUUAUCAGGCCACUGAAGAGUUCCAGAAUGGCAUAGCCAGCUACAUCCCAAAAGACAACAACCUUCAAUCAGAGACUGUGCACUACAAGCGAGGAGUGUGUCAGCAGUUCUGCCUGCCCUCCCAUACUGUUGACCCAUCUGAAUGGGCAGAAGAGGAGCUGAGUUUUGACCUGGACCGAGAAGUCUACCCACUGGUUGUCCAUGCUGUAGUGGAUGAAGGCGAUGAGCAUUUUGGACACUGCCAUGUACUUUUGGCUACAUUUGAAAAGCACACAGAUGGCACUUUCUGUGUAAAGCCCCUGAAACAGAAGCAGGUGGUGGAUGGGGUCAGUUACCUCCUUCAAGAAAUCUAUGGGAUUGAAAACAAGUACAACACACAGGAUUCUAAGGUGGCUGAGGAUGAAGUAAAUGAUAACAGUGCUGAGUGUGUGGUAUGUCUCUCAGAUGUCCGGGAUACCUUGAUUUUACCCUGCCGCCACCUCUGCCUCUGUAACACCUGUGCAGACACCCUUCGCUACCAAGCCAACAACUGUCCUAUCUGCCGACUGCCAUUUCGGGCUCUGCUUCAGAUCCGGGCCAUGAGGAAGAAACUGGGCCCCUUGUCCCCAACCAACUUUAACCCCAUCAUCUCUUCCCAAACAUCUGACUCUGAAGAACACUCAUCCUCAGAGAACAUCCCCUUGGGUUACGAAGUGGUAUCUCUGCUGGAAGCCCUAAAUGGGCCCCUCACUCCAUCCCCAGCUGCUCCUCCACUUCACGUGCUUGGAGACACCCACCUGUCAGGGAUGUUGCCUUCUUAUGGCAGUGAUGGACAUCUCCCCCCACUAAGAACUGUCUCUCCUCUUGACCGCCUCUCUGACUGCAGCAGCCAAGAACUCAAGCUUAAGAAUAGUCUUUCCAAGUCCAUCUCCCAGAAUUCAUCCAUGUUACACGAAGAAGAGGAUGAUGAACAGUCCUGUAGCGAGUCUGAAAUGCACCUCUCCCCCAGGCAGUCUCCUCAUCAGCUUGAAGAGGACUGCGGUGCCACUCCAGAGAGUGAGAAUCUCACUUUAUCUUCAUCAGGAGCCAUUGGCCAGUCAUCUUGCACAGGGACCCCUCUCUCUUCCACAAUUUCUUCCCCCGAAGACCCUGUCAGCAGCAGCCUGGCACAAUCUGUCAUGUCCAUAGCCUCUUCCCAAAGCCAGAACUCCCAGAUCAGCACUGACACGGUCUCUUCUAUGUCUGGUUCCUAUAUUGCCCCUGGCACAGAAGAAGAGGGAGAUGCUCUCCCUUCCCCACUUGCUGCCAGUGGAGCUCCAUCGGAAGAAGGCGAGUUGAUGCCCAUUGAGUCUCCAGAUGCUGAUUUUGUUGGGGUCCCAGCAGAAGAGCAGGAUGCAGAGGGGAACGAUGUAUUGGAAGAAGAAGAUGGAUCUCCUACACGGGAAGAUGGCCAGAGGACUUGCGCAUUCCUAGGUAUGGAGUGUGACAAUAACAAUGACAUUGACAUCGCAGUCGUGAAAACACUCGACAAUAAGCUGUGCUCUGAGGUCUGCUUACCCGGCACCUGGCAGGUGGACAACAAUGCUAUCAGUUGCAGGAACAGCCAGUGCUGGCACUUGUCAUCAAGCAGCCUAGAGGACCCUGAGAACGAGCCUUGUGUAAAGGGCUCCAUGGCUGUCUGAAGAGUCCAAGCCCCUGUCACAGGGCUCUUUUUUCCAUCCUCACAUUCCAAUGUGCCCCCACUGGACUGCUGACCUCCUGGGUAUUCCCACUGAGACCUGUGCUGAAUUUUUUAUAUUUGUGUGUAAAACUGGAUAUCAAGGGCAUUCUGUACCUCCACCCAGCCUCUCUUCCUCCCUGGAUUUCACCUGGAACAGAUUGGAAGUCCUUCGACCUGGAGCUCAAGUCAUGUUGAUGAACUGGAGUCCAUCGUUGCCUUUUCACAGACUUCUACCCAUCUCCCCUCUCAGGUGGAAUGGCGGCCUUUAUGCUUGCUGUCUGGUCUCCUUUUUUCUCCCUAAGGUUAUAGCAGGAAGGCUAAGAAACCUGGCUGCUUCACUCUCCUUUCCCCACGUUGUGUUAUCCAGCCUCCAGCACAAUUAAACUACCUUGGCAAACUCUUCUUUUGGGUUAGCCUUCAUCCAUGGCAGAGCAAAGCAGGCACUCUGUAUUAAACAAUCUUAAAGCAGUGCUUCCAUCCAUUCUGAAAGGUGGCAUCCAGUGGGAUGUUUGAAUCUUUCCUAUCGUAGAAGUCUGGCUUUUGCCUCAUGUGCUGCCCUACAGACAGGCCCACUCCCUCUUCAACUGUUUGUGCCCUGGACAAUAUGCAUGGAUGAAGCUCUGCCUUUCUCCUUCCAGAUGUGAGGAAUAGGUACCGGUGUUUCUCACAUCGGUGACCCACGAGGGUCAGAAGUAGAGCCCCAAAAGACUGCAGAGGUUGGAAAGGGAGGCAUGUGGCAUCAGUGAACUAACUAGACUCUAUAAAGGGAGAGAGCAGGCCUCCUCCACCUCCAGGGCUUCCCCUUAUAUUCCUUCCUGCUCAACCUCAAUGAUUUGCUGAUACUAAGAGGAACUGUGGAGGAGCAGCUCUGUUACAGAUUGAGAUCAGGUCAAAUUAGGUGCUUCAGAACCUAAGUACAUACAAUAAGAUCCUGAGCCCAAAGAUUAGCCUCCAAUUCAGGUAUCAUUCCUAUCUCCCUGCUAGGGUUAUUGAAGGAGGGGAGAUCAUAGGCUUUUGGGGUAAGGGGAAAGUUCCCAGGAAAGGUAGACCAGUGAAGCUUCUGGGGUGUGGUUUCCAUUUGGGGAGCUCUUGUAAUCCUUUGCUAGAAAGCCUUUGCAAGCCCAUGCUCAAAAGACCUGGAACCUUGAGAAGAGCAUCAGCUAUCCCCUACCUUUCCCCAUGACUUCCUGCCCUAGGAGAGGCCUGUUUAGAACCUAAUGGGCUAAACUGUACAUUCCUUGAGAUGUUAGAAGCUUGUCCAGGUGUAGAUGCAAACCAGUUUUGUUUUGUUUUGUUUUUUUCCUCCAGGAGUACUGGUUAAGGCUUGACAACUCAAACUAAGGCAGUGUUUUGAAUAAGUAAUUCUCAUAAAUAUCUCCCUAAAGGCCCCUGCAGAAGUGGAUUGGCUGGUUUGUUGGUCCCUUACCUGUCCAACAAUCACACUCCUUCCUAAAGCAAAAAUGAAAACAAGCCUAGUUAAGCAAUAAUCCCCUUUCUCGGGCCUGUAAGAUCUGGGUGGUUACAUCAGUCAGCAUGCAGAUCUACCUCUAGCAGUCACUGGGUAGUGUUAAACAGGAUGCUUGGGGGGAGGAGAGGACUGAAUGGAAACAACAGUUAAACAGUAGCUAAGCCAGCCAGGCACCUUAAACCAAAAUAAAUAGUCUCAUUCCCUUUGCUGAUUCCUUGUGUCCUUUGAUGCUGGAGUGUCAGAACCUGCAGCUCACCCUCUGCCUCAAGGUAGCCAGCAAGAGACUUGAGGCCAUGUCCCUAGAGGGGAGCAGUAGUGAUCCUUUCCUUGUUUCUGAACUGCCUCUCCACCCCCACAGGCAGAGAUGUAAAUGUGGUAGAAACAGCCCCAUAGCCCCUACUUCCUUAGAUAGCACCUCUCUUCCCUCCCCCUCUCCUGCCUUUUUCCUCCUCCACUAUUUAGAUACUUGGCAGGUAGUUAUCUGGUUCAGGAGGACCUGUCUGACAACAAAACCCAUGGCCUGGCUUUGGAAUGACCACCCCGCCCCCAAACAACAAUACCAACCAAGGUCCACUUGGACCCUAUCAGACUGAAGAAGCACAUCAGGGAUAAAGCUGCAAUAUUUCUAAGAAGGAGAGUCAAAAAGGCAGGUCAAGAAGCACCAGCAGAGGAAGGAGACCUCCAUCUUCUGGAUGGAUCCAUCGAGCAAAGAAGGGAGGUCUGAUGGGAGCCACAAGCCAAGGGGAUGACCUGAAUAAGAUGAGCUAGAAUUGCAAAUCACACCCUUGCUACACCUCACUGUUCCCAUCCUAUUCUUUCCAGGGAUAGGGUGGUUUUGAUUUGCUCACCAAGACUUACUCCUCCUCCUCCUGUUCCCCAGCCCAGCUCUUCCACCUGGAUUCCACACCAUGCUGGGAGCUCUCUCCUGAGCCUAAACUAGUGCAUGUCUGAGCACUUUCAUAAUGAAGCAAGUAUCUUAUUUCGAUGGGAUGCUGGGGCUGGUGCAACAGUGGCAUGUUUUCUGGAGACUCUGCACACUCUGUGUGUGUGUGUGUUUGUGUGUUUACUGUUAGUGACAAUGUGUGCAUCCCCUGCUACCUUCAGGGUGCACGAAUGGCUAUGCUGCAGGUGCCACAUCCACAAUGCAAUGUUUCUGGAUUGCUGCAUGGUUCUCAAAAGUGAAUAAAACUGUUUACAAGAGGAAGGGGCAGCUGGUGACUGAGAA